UAUAUUUACAAUUAAAAUCUGUUUGAUAUAUAUACGUAAACGUGUUUUACGAGUAUGUAUUAUGAACACUUCAUGAAUGUCAGCAUAGACUAGAACCAAAGAUCGUACGCAUAAAAUAUUAUCCAUCGGAAAUAUAUAGUCAUGAUUGUGUAAUUCAAUGUGCGUAUUUUGUGAGUAUUUAUUAGCACACAGAGGUGCUAAUGAAUGGAUUCCAGCUAAAAUGCGAGCAUUGCGGGCAUGAUCGCUUUCAGACUUCCUUGUAGAAAGCGUUUAAAAAUCUUGCGAUUAAUUGAAUCGAAUGACGUCACGUCUCUCUCGAUAUCGAUUACUCGGGAAUCGAUUCACAACGCCGAAUCGAGUGUUUGUCAUCACGCGCUCGCGUCUCUAACUCCGACUUUCUACGAUUCACUUCAUGUCAAAGUGUUGUGCUUGGUGUUGAUGUUUUGACUCGGAUAUUUAUACGUGAGUUUAAUAAUAAUCAGAAUACUCGUCCGCAGAUUUGUUCGAAAGUUUCAAGAUCCUUCAAGAGUGAUCGAUUGCAUAUUAUGUUUUGAUGGUUUCUGCGUUCGCUCGGUUAAACAAUGGAAAUGUCAACUCCGACUGGCCUUAACCACAGUGGACUCUCUCACAGUACGGACGGGUUUCUGAAUAUCCCUUUAGGAUCGUCUGCUCUGGAUGCUCUAUCGACGAAACGAAGAAGCUCCUCGCGCACGAUAAAACGCAAGAAGUUUGACGAUGAGGUCGUGGAAACGACGUUCAAUCUGCAACCACCUACGACGAGCGCCAAGUCAACGUCAAAAUCGCGGACGAUUUCAGUAACUUCCAGCCCCAUGGAUGUUUUGCCCACACAAACGUUACCUACACCGAUACCAAUACCAACCACCUUGGCACAAUCAGAUAGAUGCAAUCGUAGACCUAGUAGGCCGAGUGGUUCGAAUCCUGGGCGAAAGAACAAAAAAAGUAAAAAUCAUUCUCAUUCUAUAAAUGCUACCAAAGAUCUUGGAAGAUGGAAACCUGCCGAUGAUUUGGCAUUAAUUACUGGAGUACAACAAACAAAUGAUCUAAGAAUGGUUCACCGAGGAACAAAAUUUUCCUGUCGCUUUACACUACAGGAAAUACAGCAAAGAUGGUAUGCAUUGUUGUAUGACAGUGCAGUUUCACGUGUAGCUGUACAAGCUAUGCGCAAUUUGCAUCCCGAAUUGAUAGCCAGUAUUCAAGCAAGAACUUUGUAUAGCAAAGCAGAGGAGGAUCUAUUGGGCACUAUUAAAUCAACAUCUCAACCAACAUUGGAAGUAUUUCAAGAAUUGCUUGAAGCAAAUGCGCAUACAUUUUAUCCAGCUAGAACUGCGAAAGCAUUACAUAGCCAUUGGCAGUUGAUGAAACAAUAUCAUCUAUUACCAGAUCAGACUGUGCAAAGUUUACCGCGAGGUGAACACGUGUUGAGCUUUUCAGACGCUGAGGAUAUGAUCAAUGAUACCGAACUGAUGGAACCAAAGGAUGAAUUAGUAGAUUCUGAACUGGCAACGGCAGACAGAAAGAAUAAGAGAGAAAUUAAAGUUUUAGAAAAUGAGCUUGGCAGAUGGCAAGUGCUUGUGGACAGCGUAACAGGCGCCAAUCCCCCAGAAUUUGAUAAUCAAACGUUAGCUAUUUUACGAGGAAGGCUUGUCCGAUAUCUCAUGAGAUCUAGAGAGAUAAGCGUAGGACGUUCCACAAAGGAUCAUACUGUCGAUGUGGAUCUUAGUCUGGAAGGUCCAGCAUGGAAAGUUUCACGUCGACAAGGUACCAUCCGUUUACGAAAUAAUGGAGAUUUCUUUUUAUCAUCCGAAGGGAAACGGCCGAUCUUUGUGGAUAGCAGACCAAUUUUGGCUGGCAAUAAAAUGAAAUUGAAUAACAAUAGCGUAAUCGAGAUUGCGAGUCUGAGAUUUACAUUUUUAAUAAAUCAGGAACUCAUUUCUGUGAUACGACAAGAAGCUGUCAAAUUGAAUUUAAAUCCUUGAGGAAUAUCCAAAAGGAUAAGGGACAAUAUUAAGUGUCGUGGUUUAUAAUGUAACUAGUAAAAUAAUUUUCUUAAACAUAAUCUACUUUUUACAUUUGAAAAUAGCAAAUAUAUACUUUGUAAUGCAUAGAUCUUCAUUUGCUGUAUAUGAAUACCUUCUAUAAUUUACAAUUAAUCUGUGAAAUGUGUAUUUUUUUAUGAGAUAAAUUUAUAUCUUUUAGAGUUUGCUAAACGAAUUUGAUAAUAUCUAUUUCAUGGAUCUUUUUCAUAAUAUACCUUAAAAAUAUAAUUUACAUGUAUAUUCUCUCUUUGGAUAGACAAUAGAUUCUCCUAUUUUUGUUGUUACAUGUGCAAAUAA